CACAUCACGCGCAUCGCCUUAGUCGUUCUAAAACAACAAAAUCCUCUCGAUUUCCGAUAACCCAAUCACCGGAUUGCAAAAGGACGUAAAGAUCGUAUCAAUAAGGAAAAAACCAGGCCUUACGAACGACUAGAACACAAUAAUGCGACUAGAAACGAUAAGAUAAUAAUCAUUCCACGAUAAUUUUUAUCGCAUUGUUUAAUACUAAGUACACAAAAAUGGAUGGCGAGGAAGAUGCACCUGUGUCGUUAAUAGUUUUAGUUGUAGUUUUUUACGUGGUGGGAUUCUUCAUCGCCCUGUACAUAAGACUCUCAAAAAUAGUUCUAAUCCGAAAAAUCAAAGAGACAGGCCGAGUUAUAUCCCUAUCACAAACAUUAAUAUCGAUGAUCAUGCAACAAUUGCAGGAACAACAGAACAGGACACAAAUUUCGCCAGCCACAGGGCUGCCGCCGCCGCCCCCGUACACGAUAGAAGCCCCCCGAGCGCCGCCCGUGGAGCCCGACGAACUGCCGCCCCCAUAUGUAGCGCCGCCCCCCUAUUCCAAAUAAAUCGAUUUUAAUAAA